AUCCACAGGCCUUGUCCCGGAUGCCGGAUCCCCUCUAUAAAGCACCCGCCGCGAGCCGGAAGCAGGCGCCACGCCAGAGACACACAGCACAGCCAGAGCUAUCGCGGCUGGCACUAGUGCGUGCCCUGCGCCAAAAAACUGAGCACAGGGUCGCCGUCGACAGGAAGACCCAAGAAACGCUAAGCUUCUGGCUGGUUGCAUGCAGGAUCGGGACAUGGAGCAAACGGAUGAGGCGGUGAGCGCGAGCCCGGCGCGGCUGCUUACCCCCGCCGGCGAGCAGCAGGGCGACGCGGCGACGUGGCUCGACCUCACGCUAGGCGUGAACGGCUCGCAGCCGGCGGCGGCGGAGGACCCCUCGUCGUGCUCGGACGAAGAGCCGGCGGCCAAGCACAGGCAGGAGCAGCCGCCACCGCCGCCUCCGGCUGCCGCGGCGGCGCCGACGACGCCCCACAAGGUGUUCUCGUGCAACUUCUGCAUGAGGAAGUUCUUCAGCUCGCAGGCGCUGGGCGGGCACCAGAACGCGCACAAGCGGGAGCGCAGCGCGGCCAAGCGGUCGUCGUCGCUGUCCUACCACCACGCGCACCACCAGCGGAUGGUCAUGGCCGGCCUGCCGCUCGAGGCGCACGCCGCGAUCGUGCGCGCCCUCAGGGUCAACCCGGCGGGCUCGGCGGUCCACAAGCCGGCCCGGCAAGAGGCCACGGCGCCGAGGCUCCACGACGGCGUGGUUGGCCCCUGGCCGCCGCUCGUCUACGAGGAGGUGCUCGGCUCCACGUCGUGGCCGGGGAGCUUCAGGAUGAGGACGCAGACGGAGCCACCUUCCUCGGAGCAGCAGCUGCUGCCAGAGCAAACUAAGAAGAUGGAUUUGAGCCUUCGGCUGUGAAUCGGUGAUAGAUCAUAAGUAGAUGGUGAUCGUAGACGUGCGUAGAGUUAGCUAGCUUCUUCUGUUAAUUAAUUUGAUUUGGCCAAGUAAUAUAUAAUAUCGAAUGUACAAUUCUCGA